AUGCCCGCCGGCGAGGCGCCGCCCCGCGGACCGGCGAAGCCGCCAGGACCGCCGCCGGCGAAACCGCCGGGCACACCGCCUCCUGCCGCCGCUGCCGCUUCGGCCGCCAGCGGCGUGGACCCUGCUGCCGCGACCACCCGGGUCCCCGGCAGCGAGGGCGACGAGGCAGCCUACGCCGAAGAGUGGGCUGGCUGGACAGGCGGAGGCUGGUGGCGCCAGGAGAGUUCGACCUGGGACGGGGGAAGAGGACUCGAUGCUGGCCUGUCCAAGACGACGCCCAGCUACGAGCUGCUGAAGACCGACGGCUACCGACGCGGCACGACCGCCAUCAGCGAGGGGGCUUUCCUGGUCACGAACUCGCUGCAAGGAGAGGCGGCCGAGGCAACGGAGGAGAUCGACCUGGACCUGCUAGAGACAGACGAGGCCUUCAGGCCGCUGUUCAAGGUCCUGGACGAGUACUACAAAUACGACAACUGGACUGAGCUGCCAGCCCGGACGGAUCAGUUCUUCGGCAGGUUCGCCCGCCAGGAGAAGGAGUCCAUGAAGUUGUGCUGCCUACGCCAUCAGCGCGACCUCAGGAAACUGAAGGAAGUGGGGAUGGAGAUUCCAGAUAUGCUAGCGGGCUGGCACCUCCUCACGAGAGCGGCGAUCCCGCCGUCAGGUGCCGCCCAGGUUCGGAGUCAAUGCGUAGACGGCCUCAGCUGGCAAAAUGUGAAGAAAGCUCUACUCGACACGUAUGGAGCCGAGGGUCUGCCCGACAAGCGUGACAUCAAACGAGUGGAGAAGAUGCUGCUCGGGCAGAAUGCCAAGGACGACGCUCAUUACACAAACGACUACGAGUGGGAGCGAGGCCUGAGCUACGAAGACACGUACCUGAUCGCAGAGGAGCCACCGCAAGAUGUCGAGGACGCGCAGCUCGCGCGCGACGAGGCCUACCUGAGUUUCGUGGAUGCGAAGAAGCGCGUGGCGGAGAUCGCGAAGUCCAGACGCUUCUACCCGAUCGUCGCCGUGGCGCCCGACAACAACUACCGUGAAUCACGACCUGCCCGAGCCCCAGGCAUAGGCAAGGGACGUGGACGCGGCAAAGGCAAAGGAUCAAGUCAGCCACGACGAGAUCCAUCAGCGUUCAAGUUCCCGAAGACCCUUUUCGCCCGCUCACCGGCUGCAUCGAGUGCGGGAUCAACCGGGACGGGCUCAACGCAGCAGCGCGGCCCGAGGUUCAAGAGAUUCCGUCGCGGCGGGUUCACCAAGACGGAGACCGAGUCAGGCAACAUGGUCGAGGACGUCGAGACGUUGGAGUACGCGAAUUCGACCGAGGAGGUGUUCCUGCUGACAGUCGGCAAGGGCAUCAGCGACGGAGGCGCUACGCGGCCCGUCAUGGACGACAAGGUCUGGGCGCAGUGGGAGAAGCUGCUGCGCGUGAAGCAGUUGCUGCACGAGGUCAAGUAUGAGAAAAGUGAUCGACGGUUCAGGUUCGGAGACGGGAAGACGCUGGAGGCGAAGAAGGCGGUGACGUUGUCGGUGUGGCCGUUCGGCAUCACGAAGCAAGUCGCCACCCGCCUCGUCGAGGGGUGGACGCCGCUGCUCAUCGCCAGGCCCUGCGCGGAGGAGUGGGGUCUCAUUCGGGACUACCGAGCAGGUGCGUUCAUGAUGAAGGACCUCCCCGACAAAGGUUGGAUGAAGUCCGAGCGCGAUGAGAAAGGCCACUUCAUCAUUGAUCUGUUGGGCAGCGCUGGGAAGGAAGCAGACGACGCCAUGAACGAGGGCGCUCCCACGGGCGGCGAGGAGAGCAGCGACGACUCGACGGACAAGGACUCGGAGGGGAGUUCGGUGAAGGGAGAGACCGACGAUGGCAGCGACUCGUCGGUGCCAGACGCCGAUGCCUACUACCUCGAGACCGCCCCGGAGUUCUACGACAUCGGUAGCGACGACGAGGCGCUGACGACCGAGAGGUUCUCAGACAUGGACGCGGACACCUACUCAGACCUGAUCUUGGCCCUGGAGCAAGCGGAGACCGACAUGAGGGAUACGCUCAGAGGACCCCGCGAACGCGUGGUCUGGGAGGUCUUCGUGGACCAAGGGGCUUUGUCGGAGGAGCUGCUGGAGUUCCCACAGGUCAAGGUGAUCCAGUUCAGGCUGGCCGAUG